UUGGGUGGAACCAACCUCGCGCACCACACGCCAUUCCAAGUCGACUCGACCCAGCGACAGCGAGCCAUCGAAUCCGUUCAGAGUCCGUCUCUCCCUCCGAAUCGCAUCUCUCUUCUCCACGUCUCUGGGGGCCUGUCUGGCAAUCGAUACUGGGCAAUCGGAGGCGAUACGGGAUAUUCCGCCGGCACGCUGACCUCGACCUUGGCCCAUCCGCCGCCCGUAGAGACGGCCGAUCUGUAUCACCCGCUCGGGUUCUCGCGCGACACCACCGCCAACCUGGCUGCCCUUGCGGUUCCGCCACCGGGCAUGGGGACAGCGCUGGAUGCGUUGACUGCCCCUCAGCCGUUGAAUUCCCGUCGACCGGCGGCGCCGUCCCUCCCCAGCUUCGAGCUGCCGCCCCCGAACUUCCAGCUCGGCGUGAAGUAUCACCCCCAGCCCACGCACACACAGCCCGCGAGCAAUCACAGUGUCAAUAGCCUUCUGACGCCGCCCGCCUCGACACAGUCCGGCGAGACACCGAUACCGACCACCACAGCCGUGACAACCGCCGCGGUCUCUGCAUCCCCCGACCCGACCUCGUCCUAUGCUCCCGCCUACUGGCCGGGCCAGAGUUCAUACACUGCUGCGUCCGCGGCGCCCCGUCAGUCCUGGAGCGCGGCUGUGAAUCCGUACCCGCCGCGCGACACCUUCUCCCCCUCCGUGAACCAUCUCCAUCGAAAUUCGGCGACCUCACCACCCGGGACCGAGACCAUCCCCAGCCAGCCGUACGACAUGAACCACCUCCCGCCGUUUCAGCAACCGCUCGCAUCGAGUAUGCCGGGCCCGAACUCGCAGCAUCAUGCUAUGACGCAUGCGAUGCUCACGGGGCACAAUGCGAUCCCCAAUCCGCCGCCGGCCCCGCCGCCGCUCCCCUCGAACGACCCGUACAUGACGAAAUCCUCGUCCGCUCCCUCGUACACCGGAAUCCAACAGAUGUCGAAUCCCGCGGGGGCCUAUGCUCCCUACGGCCAAACCAGCCUCGCGAUUCACCCCCCGGGACGGGUGGCGUCCAAUCCGCCGCCGCAUCAUCUCAACUACCAGCGACAGCCGUGGCCCUCAUAUUCGCUACCCGCGAUGAACGGACCCGUGAUGACGAACGUGCAUAAUCCGAACGGACAGAUGUCCCUCGUCGGCAAUAUGCAACCGGGCCUACUGGGGUACAACAGCGGCCAAUUAGCCAUGCAACAGAUGUACGGGGGUCAUCCCUCGCAUGCGGGCCACGCAUCCGGUCCGACGAACGACCGACCGUUCAAGUGCGACCAGUGUCCGCAGAGUUUCAACCGGAACCACGACCUGAAGCGACACAAACGGAUCCAUCUCUCCGUGAAGCCGUUCCCCUGCCAUCAUUGCGAUAAAAGCUUCUCUCGCAAGGAUGCCUUGAAGCGACAUAUUCUCGUCAAGGGAUGCGGCAAGGACGUGUCCGACACGACCCCGAAGCAGGAGAGUGACUCGGUGAAACAGGAAGACAAAGACCUGGACCAUGGCUUGUCGGUUUAGGCUGACCCGUUCUCGUUUACCCCUUGAUCUCGACUGACCUCCAUAAACUCCCCACCCGAAUCGACAUACCUCUCUCGAACUCACCUCUCGACUUAUUGUUCUAAUUCUCUUGUGUACGCUCCGUGAUGCUUGUAUUUGGCCUGUAUGUACUUUGCGAGCGGCUCGGUUGGGACGAUUGAUUGAUUUUUUUUUUUCUUUUCUUUUUUUUUCUUUGAUAUCUUGUGAAUGGUUUGGCAUCAGCGAGGGAUAGCCGGAUGUAUGUACACGUAUGUAGGUAGAGGCGUUGUAGGAGACUAUUGGGAUCCGUAUUUGAUGGCAAAUUGAUUUCGGAAUGAGUCUCCUUGCAGUGAAUACACUGAUAUAACAUACUCGAGAUUAUUCCGGAUAGGACUCUACAUAAUAGACGUAUAU